GAGAGGCUGGGCUAUGGGGGCGAAGGGAAGCCCGUGGCCACGACAGUGGGCUUGGGCCUCCAAUUUCGUCGACAGGCCGAGAAGCGAAACCGCGAAAAAUCCGUUUCCUUUCUCUUCGCCCUCUCUUUCUUUGGUCGCGGCCAGGAGCCCAGGACCGAAACACGAAGCCGCCCGCCAUUUUCCUAGCCGCCAAACUGGCUAGGCAGUCCUCCCGCGCCUGCUUCAACCGAGCAGCGCCGCGCCUCGCCGCCGCCACCUGCCCCUCCCGUCGCCUCUCCGCCACCGCGCAACCAUGCCCUGUCGACCCAUCUCUGCCUCACCCCUUCAGCCUCCUCGCCGACCACCCGCACCCCGCGGUAGCCCAGUUCCCGAGCACUGGCUUCUCUCACCUCGCCGACACCCCGCGCCUCGCACGCGCCAUCCACGCGACCGUCCUCCGCCGCGCGCUACCGCUCAGCGCCUUCCACAGCAACACCCUACUCGCCUUCUACUUUCGUCACCGCUCACCAGAUGCCGCGCUCCACCUGUUCGACGCAAUGCCGGACCGCACUCCAUCCUCCUGGUACACCGCCAUCUCCGGCUGCGUCCGCUGUGGCCACGAAUCCACUGCGUUCGACCUGUUGCGUCGCAUGCGUGAACGUGCAGUUCCACUCAGUGGCUUCGCUCUCGCCAGUCUCGUCACCGCGUGCGAGCGCCGGGACAAGGAGGAGGGCCGCACGUGUGGAGCCGCCAUACACGCGCUGACCCACAAAGCCGGACUCAUGGUGAACGUGUACAUCGGGACAGCGCUCCUUCACCUGUACGGCUCCCGGAAGCAUGUGUUGGACGCACAGAAGUUGUUCCAGGAGAUGCCUGAGCGGAAUGUCGUGUCGUGGACGGCACUGGUGGUGGCAUUGUCGUCAAAUGGGUACUUGGAAGAGGCAUUGAGAGCUUAUUGCCGGAUGAGAAUGGAAGGUGUUGCGUGCAAUGCAAAUGCGUUUGCGACGGUGGUCAGCCUGUGUGGGUCACUCGAGAGUGAGAUGGCUGGGCUUCAGGUAUUUUCCCAGGUCUUAGUUUCUGGCCUACAAAGGCAGGUCUCCGUUGUAAAUUCACUGAUUACAAUGCUUGGUAACAUUGGGAGGGUGCAAGAUGCCGAGAAGCUCUUUUAUCGAAUGGAGGAACGUGACACUAUAUCAUGGAACGCUAUGGUAUCAAUGUACUCACAUGAAGGACACUGCAGUAAAUGCUUUAUGGUAUUUUCGGAUAUGCGUCGUGGUGGAUUGUUAAGGCAUGACGCAACUACUAUGUGCAGCCUGAUAUGCGCCUGUGCGUCGCCAGCUUAUGUCAACAUUGGAAGUGGAAUUCAUUCCCUGUGUCUCAGGGGUGGUCUGCACUCUUAUAUUCCCGUGAUUAAUGCGCUUGUUAAUAUGUAUUCUGCUGCUGGGAAGUUGGUUGAUGCUGAGUUUCUGUUCUGGAGCAUGGGCAGAAGGGAUCUAAUAUCAUGGAACACUAUGAUUUCAUCAUAUGUCCAAAGCGGUAAUAACAUGGAUGCAUUGAAGACACUAGGUCAGUUACUUCAGACUAAUGAAGCUCCAGAUCGCAUGACAUUUUCCAGCGCUUUAGGAGCAUGUUCAAGUCCAGGAGCUUUGAUGGAUGGCAGAAUGGUUCAUGCCAUGAUAUUGCAGUUAAGUCUUGACCGCAAUCUACUGGUUGGUAAUUCUCUCCUCACGAUGUAUGGUAAAUGCAGUUCUAUCCAAGAUGUCGAGAGAGUAUUUCAGUUGAUGUCCACUCACGAUGUUGUCAGUUGCAAUGUACUUAUUGGGAGCUAUGCACCGCUUGAGGAUUGUACCAAGGUAAUGCAGGUAUUUACUUGGAUGAGAAGUGCGGGAUUAAAGCCAAAUUACAUAACAAUAGUGAAUAUCCAGGGUUCUUUCAAAUCUUCAAAUGAUUUACACAAUUAUGGAUUGCCCCUGCACGCAUACACAAUCCGUACUGGGUUCGUAGCUGAUGACUACGUUAGUAACUCUCUGAUCACAAUGUAUGCAAACUGUGGUGACUUAGAUUCAAGCACUAAAGUCUUCCGCACAAUCAUCAAGAAAAGUGUCGUUUCCUGGAAUGCUAUGAUCGCUGCGAAUGUUCAACAUGGCCAUGGAGAGGAAGGUUUAAAGCUUUUCAUGGAUAUGCGGCAUGCUGGAAAUACUCUUGAUCAUGUUUGUCUAGCUGAAUGUUUGUCAUCCAGUGCAAGCCUGGCAUCACUAGAAGAAGGCAUGCAACUACAUGGUCUUGGUGUGAAGUGUGGGCUGGAUAAUGACAGUCAUGUGGUUAAUGCUGCAAUGGAUAUGUACGGGAAAUGUGGAAAAAUGGAUGAGAUGUUGAAAAUGCUUCCUGAUCCUGCCGUUCGACCCCAACAAUGCUGGAAUACAUUGAUAUCAGGUUAUGCAAGAUAUGGAUAUUUCAAAGAAGCUGAGGACACAUUUAAGCAUAUGGUGUCGAUGGGGCGAAAGCCAGAUUACGUAACAUUUGUCACUCUUCUCUCAGCUUGUAGUCAUGCUGGUCUAGUGGGCAAGGGUAUUGAUUACUAUAACUCUAUGUCUUCUGUAUUUGGUGUUUCCCCUGGAAUAAAGCAUUGUGUUUGCAUUGUGGAUGUCCUUGGACGUUUAGGGCGAUUUACAGAAGCAGAGAAAUUCAUUGAAGACAUGCCAGUCUUACCAAAUGAUCUAAUUUGGCGUAGCCUGUUGUCCUCUAGUAGAACUCACAAAAAUCUGGAUAUUGGGAGGAAAGCCGCCAAGAAACUCCUUGAGUUGGAUCCUUUUGAUGACUCAGCUUAUGUUCUUUUGUCGAACUUAUAUGCGACAAGUGCAAGAUGGUCCGAUGUUGACAGACUAAGAAGUCACAUGAAAAGCAUCAAUUUAAAUAAAAGACCUGCUUGCAGUUGGCUUAAGCGGAAGAAAGAAGUAAGCACCUUUGGUAUAGGUGACCGGAGUCAUAAUGACACAGAAAAGAUCUACGCGAAGCUAGAUGAAAUCUUUCUGAAGCUCAGGGAGGUAGGUUAUGUUGCUGAUACCUCAUCGGCACUGCAUGAUACAGAUGAGGAACAAAAAGAGCAGAACCUUUGGAAUCACAGCGAGAAGCUUGCAUUGGCAUAUGGCCUUAUCACUGUUCCGGAAGGAUGUACAGUAAGGAUAUUCAAGAAUCUCAGGGUCUGUGCGGAUUGCCAUUUGGUAUUUAAGCUUGUCAGCAUGGUUUUUGACAGGGAAAUUGUCCUGAGAGAUCCUUAUAGGUUCCACCAUUUCAAAGGCGGAUCAUGCUCCUGUUCAGAUUUUUGGUGACAUUAGUUGUGCACAAAGACAGUUGAUUUGAUGUGUAGGACUGUGGUAACUGUACAGAGAGAAUUGGUCGCGUCGCCUGAGCAAAAGAAAAAGAUUUUUCCAGUGUAUAUGUCUAGUAUUGCUGAUUAAUGCUGUUGCUGUGGUACUGGCCUCUUCAAUCAUGGUUCUUGAAGCAAUAUAACAACGACAUAUGAAUCGAAAGAAGCAAAGCUCUUGAGAAAUUAUCUAUAUCUAUACUCCUAUAUAGUGUAUGAAUAUCAGCCCAUAUGGACCGUUGGAUCAUUCUUAUCCGACGGCUCACAUUUAGUCUCUUUAGCCAGGUGACAUCAUGGCCACAGCUGCACCAUUGGAUAUGCUCAUCAAACGGUCCAAAUUGCUGGGAUUCGUGGUGGGUCUACAACUGUGCUAUUGCAGCGUGCCCUUCUCUGAACAGGCACCACGCAGGAUUCUUCCAUCUCUUUAUGGAAAAUUCUGGCAUGCUCACCUAAACAAUGGUACUACUAGCAAUUGGAAGCAAAUGAGAGACAGAGAGAGUAGUGCUACUGUACUAGAAACAAGCCAGCAAAUAGAUGGGGCGGUGCAGCCUAUGCAAAAGGCGCAUUUUUAUUUUACAAAAUUAGAGAACUUCAAUUACAAUAAAAGUGUGAAUGUGAUAUGUGUCAUAACUAAAUAUCUUUUACUUUCACUUA